AUGCAAGGAAAAAUUUUUCAUCAAAAACAAGAAUCAAAAUCAGUGUACACAGGUGGUUAUACACCUACGCCAAUUGCACUGUUGAAGUCAGUUGAGAAAGCUAAAGGAGAGCUUGGACAGAAAAAGAAGUCGAAAACAAUUGAAUGCCAAAAUAUAAAAAAUGAUGUAACUGAAGUAAAAAGCAAAAAAAAAGAAACGAAUGGGAAUGAAAAAGACAAAGGGGAAAAUAAUGAAAGAAAAGGUUUCACAAGUUUUGAGACAAGUGAAGCACACGAUGAGCAGAAUCAACGGUGUUCGAAAAAAAGAUUUGAUGAGUCGCUUUCUAUCGAAGAUCUUUUUGAAACCGAUAUGCCAUCAGCAAAAAGAUCGAGGAAUAAUGACAAUGUUAGAGUAAAUUCACAUGCAGUGGUUGAAGAUGAAAAACACGGAGGUAUAGGAAUCAAAAUGAAGAAAAAGCGAGUUACACUCAAGUCGAAAGAUGAUAAGUCUGCUGUUCGGUUUCGUGCCUCAACUAGAAAAAUACGUACGUCUACAUUAGCAGCACAAUUGAUGAAUCGCUAUGAAAAGCUGCAAAAGGAAAAAGACGAGUUGUUGAAAAACUUCAAAUUAAGGGAAGAAGGAGUGAAGGUCAAAACAAUCAGUGCAGAAAAAGAGCUUGAUUUACCACCUACAAUGGCAGUAACUGUUAACAAGGGCAAAAAGCGAGUGGCACAUGUACCUAAAGUAUCAAAAAUUAACAAAGUAGCUUUGAAUCUGCUCGAUCCUUACUCGUGUGGUAAGGUACCGUUUGCACUUCGUCACCGGUAUUUGAACUUAUUCCAUAUAGAAUGUGAGAAAUUUUGCUCACCAAGUGAUGCGGUGACUCAGGUUUUGUUUUUUCAAUAAGC